AUGGCGCCAGGGGGAGAACAGGACAUGCUAUCCACCGAGAUAGUAAACAAGGGAGUCAUCGAGUCCUCGGGCCCGAACGCCGGCUCCCUCACCUUCUCCGUCCGCGUCCGGAGACGCCUGCCGGACUUCGUCCAGUCGGUGAACCUCAAGUACGUCAAGCUGGGCUACCACUACCUCAUCAACCACGGCAUCUACAUAGCCACGGUGCCGGUGCUGCUGGUGCUGGUUUUCGGGGCGGAGGUGGGGAGCUUGAGCAGCAGCCGGGAGGAGAUUUGGAGCAAGUUCUGGAACAGCACCAGCGCCGCCCAUGCCCGCUACGAUCUGGCUACGGUCCUUGCCUUCUUCGGUGUGCUGGUUUUUACGCUCUCCGUUUACUUCAUGUCGCGGCCGCGAUCCGUGUAUCUCGUUGAUUUUGCUUGUUUCCGACCCGAUGAUGACCUUAAGGUGUCUAAGGAGCAAUUCCUCGAGGCAGCACGAAAAUCGGGGAAAUUCGACGAGGCCAACCUCCAAUUCCAGAAGAGAAUCCUGCAGGCUUCCGGGAUUGGGGACGAAACCUACAUCCCGAAGGCCAUCAUGGCAGGGGAGAACUGCAGCACAAUGAAGGAAGGCAGGGCGGAAGCCUCGAUGGUGAUGUUCGGGGCCCUCGAUGAGCUGUUCGAGAAGACAAAGAUCAGGCCGAAAGACGUAGGGGUACUGGUUGUGAACUGCAGCAUAUUCAAUCCGACCCCUUCGCUCUCGGCCAUGAUCAUAAACCACUACAAGAUGAGGGGGAACAUCUUGAGUUUCAAUCUGGGAGGGAUGGGGUGCAGCGCCGGGAUCAUAGCGCUGGAUCUGGCCCGCGACAUGCUGCAGGCCAACCCGAAUAACUACGCGGUGGUGGUGAGCACGGAGAUGGUGGGGUACAAUUGGUACAAGGGGAAAGAACGGUCCAUGCUUAUACCCAACUGUUUCUUCCGCAUGGGUGGUUCUGCUCUGCUGCUGUCGAACCGCCGCCGUGACAGCCGUCGGGCGAAGUACCGCCUCGAGCACAUCGUGCGCACUCAUAAGGGCGCCGACGAUCGCUGCUUCAGGUGUGUUUACCAAGAGGAAGAUGAGCAAAGGUUCAAGGGAAUAAGGGUGAGCAAAGAUCUGAUGGAAGUUGGUGGGGAUGCUCUCAAGACCAACAUCACUACACUAGGCCCCCUAGUUCUGCCCUUCUCCGAGCAGCUCCAGUUCUUCUCCACCCUCGUCUGGAGGCACUUGUUUGGCGGCGGCGGCGGCAGCGGGUCCAAUUCCAGUACCACUGCCACCGCCAACAAGCCCUACAUCCCCGACUACAAGCUCGCGUUUGAGCACUUUUGCGUGCACGCAGCGAGCAAGGCGGUCCUGGACGAGCUGCAGAGGAACCUGGAGUUUAGUGACAAGAACAUGGAAGCGUCCCGGAUGACCCUGUACCGGUUCGGCAACACGUCGUCCAGCAGCAUCUGGUACGAACUGGCUUACUUGGAGUCCAAGGAGAGCGUCAAGAAAGGCGACCGAGUCUGGCAACUUGCCUUCGGUUCUGGCUUCAAAUGCAACAGCGCUGUUUGGCGUUCGAUUCGCACCGUUCGGAAGCCUUCCACGAAUAACCCAUGGCUCUAAGACUGAACCCGAGCGAGAUCCUGUCCAGUUUGGGCCAUUGCGGGCCAGUUAAUCAAGACCUAAAACGAUGAUCCAAGCAACUAAUCGUUUUGGGUCUAGAAAACAACCACAAAUAGCCCAAACUUGGACCGAAGUGAGUCGAGAUUUAGAUUGGACGCAAACUCAGUCCACCAACUGAAUCAUCAUCAUCAUCAUCUCAUACCUGCAUGCAUGCCUUGUUAUAGUUGUCUCUCUAAAUUAAAAGAGGAUUUGGAUAAUAGAUUUGGAAUUGUUUUAGCUUAAUUUUUCUUUCCAAUUUGAACUCGAUCAGAAUUUCUUUGCUAUAAUUUUAAGGUGGUUUCUUCAUGACUGCCAACUUGAUGUAUUUGGAUUAAUCAUCUUAAUUAGAAUUAAGAGACUACUCUUUUUUUAUCA